CGCGUCGCGUCGCGUCGCGUAGCGUCGCGUCGACGUCGGCGUCCACGUCCGCGUAGUAAAAUCUCGUAUUUCCCGUCGCGAGCACGCAGCCAGCCCGAGGGAAAGCGGGGAGAGAAGCAACAAGAGUAAAAACGGCGUGUCCCUCCGCGCCGAAGGCGGAAGGAGGUCGCGCAAGCGCCUCGGCCGAGCCGCUCGCCGGUGAGGGUGAAAAUCUUCAGGGUGAAAAUGCACCAUGGCAUGGGAGGGUCAGCGGGCGAUCGUCACGGCGCUCAAAACCUGGCGAUGCAGGCAAGGAACGGGGUCUGCGACAAAAUCGAAAAUUACAUAUCCGACCUGGCUCGAUGGGCGGUAUGGAGGGCGAUAAUAAUGGGCCAAUUUCUCUCAUUGGUGCUAUGCUUCAUGACACUCGUAAAUCAUCACAUGAACACCGCCUCCUACAAACUCUCGCUUCCAACAGGGCAAAAUCUCCCGCACUAUGUGAUGAUGUGCUUAGUCUACACGACGUGGAUGUCCUGCAGAGGCGCGGGGAAUGGCCUAAUUUCCGUCAUAAGGGCCCGUGGCUGGAGAUACUUGCUUUUAGCGCUGAUCGAUGUAGAAGCAUGCACCCUCAUCACUUCGUCGCAUCAAUUUACCAGUCUUGCCAGUAUACAGCUCCUCGAUUGCGUGGCGAUACCGGUUGCCUUGGUGCUCUCGUUUCUGGUGCUGGGUGUUAGAUACCGAAUGGUGCACAUCGUCGGCGUGUCCGUCUGCUUGAUGGGCGUGGGAUGUUUGGUUUGGGCUGGGAUAGAUGACAAUAACGACCCCACGGCUACCGGAAAGAACCAACUCGUCGGCGACAUGCUGUGUCUCGGUGGCGCAGUAUUGUUCUCGGUGACGACGGUCCUGCAGGAGCUGGCGGUUAAGACGGUCGACAUUAUCGAAUACCUGGGCAUGAUCGGAUUCUUCGGCACGAUAUUGAGCUGCAUGCAAAUCGUUGUCCUCGAGAGGCUCCAAAUCGAAUCGUUUCAUUGGGACAACGCGCCGGUGAUAACGAUCCUGAUUCUCUACUGCAUCACGCAGUUCAUGUUCUUCUCCCUGGUGCCGGUGAUUCUGUUCGAGUCGGGCGCCACCGCCUUGCAGCUGGCGUUACUCACCUCGGAUUCGUUCAACAUUCUGAUGGGGAUGCUUAAUCAUCACUACAAGUUUCACUCCUUGUAUUUCUUCUCGUACACACUCACGAUGACCGGCAUAUACAUUUACGCGAUAAAGAGAACGCCCAUGUCGACGAACUCACGGAGGCAGCACAUCGAGCCGCCUAUCCCGGAUUACAGACACAUGUCUCAUCCCGACGUCGGCGAGGUGGAGAUGGCCACGAGCUCCGGCAUGUCCGUCGUCAGCGGCACCCUCGACAUGAGGGCGUCCACCCUCUGUAGCGAGAGGGAGACGAUGGACGCGACGAGCCUACCCCUGAGCGUCAGCUCCGACACGGCCUUCACCUCCUUCUACGGCAGUCAGGCUGCGAACGGGAACAACAGUUCUGCCUGUGAUUAAUAAGCGGAGGGGAACGACUGCCUAGAGUAGAAUAUCGUGCGACUUGUUCGUUCAAAGUACGACGUCUCAGAGGCCCUUUGGGAGCACGGAGGGAUGUUUGUAUAUCGAUGAUUACGCGCGAACGCACACAGUCUCUUUUUAGAUAGCCGUAUAAAAUUAUUAUUAUUAUUAUUAUUAUUAUUAUACUGUAUCGAUUGUGUAUUUAACGAUAAGACCAUAGCCGCGCCGUCUUUGAGUAUCGUCAAUUUCAGUGUGAUUAGGUAUUAUUUAGUAGAGCGUUAUGUAUAUGGUUGACUUUCCUGCAAUUGUUCAUAUUGCUUGGUCGCUGCAUCGUUUAUUCAUCAUGACAAUCUGUUUGAAAGUUCACAGCAGGCUCUAUGCUCGAUCUUUAUUGGAAUCAAACAUUGAAUGAUAUAUCUGAUCAUCAUGAUUUUGCGACACUCGCGAAAUUUGACUGUAGUAGAUAAAUAAUUUUAACCCUGUGGAAUAUACUUGUUAAUUUAAUUAGAGACUUGCUCAAUAUACGUAGGUUACACGUAAUUCAUAUUUUAUAGACAGAUUCACAUUUUAUAGGUGACUCCCGAUCGUUAAGCUCGAAGACGGCCGUGAAAUCAAAAUGUGUAGCGAAUUAGAUGUUAAUAUUUCUUCUAGCCGACAACGUUCCCAGCAUCGUUUAUAUAGACGCGGGCUAAUUCUUCGCGAGAGAACAAAACGUGCCAAAUGUCAAAGUCUGUUAGCACCCAGAUCGUAGAUCUAGGAGAAUAUAAAUGCAAAACGUAUACUCGUCUUACGUACGUCGUGUACUCAUUUCCACUUGAAUUUUUUACAUUAACACGAAUUACUCUCGUGGACGUUUGUUAUUACUAUUACGAUUGAUAUAUACUAUAGUAUAAAUAUAUAUAUAUAUAUACACA